AUGUGCGUGACGGUCGGCGUUGUGAAUGAGGUGAAGGGGAAUCUUAGCCGGGUCGGAUAUCGAGUCGGAUAUUCACUCGUCCUCCGAAAUCUUGGCGUCGGCGUCGAGCUUUCGCAAAAAGUUCUGCCUUUUCCUCUUCCUGCACUGCCCAACCUCGGCGUCUCCCACCACCUUCAAGCUCGAUACACUCGAGCCCAAUCUCUCUACAGACCAACGAAGGUCGCACCCAGGAAAUACCCAGCACAUCUUUCACCUUACAUCGCCAUGUCCGCCAUGGUGCCAAUGGCCAUGUUCGGCGUCGAAGUCCCACCUGGCGACGUCCUCACCGUCGGCAGCCUUGAGAUCCCGUCCGCUUACCGUAUCACCAUGGCCGCCAUCGAUCCAUCUGCUGAGCCAGAGGGCGAGGACGGCGCAGUCCCACGUGCGACUCUGAAAAUCAUUCGCCAGCCGCUCGGCCAGUACGAUUCCGAAGACGAUGAGGACGAUGACGAGGACUUCGACAUUGAACAGAUGGAGGCCCUUCUUGGCGGCGGCGACGAUUUCAGCGAGUCUGAAAGCGACGAGGAAGAAGUCAACGGUGGGCCCAGCGACCCAAAGAAGAGCAAGGCCGCCAUGAAGGCUGCUGCCCAGAAGGAAAUUCAGAAGCUGCUUGAGGAAGAGAGCGACAUGGACGUCGACGAUCUGCCAAACGGCGUCAACGGUUUCAAGAAAUCCGCAAAGGCUUUGGGUAAAAUGCCGGCCAGCGACGAGGAUUCAGAAGAGUACGAGGAUUCCGAGGAUGACGACUUUGAAGAGUUUGUCAUCUGCACUCUCGACCCAGCCAAAAACUGGCAACAACCACUCGAUCUCACCAUCGGCGAACGUGAGAACGUUCUGUUCAAGGUGUCUGGCACCCACAGCGUCUUCCUUACCGGCAACUAUGUUGAGCCUACCCACAGCCAUGACGACCCAGGCAUGUAUGACCCCGACAGUGACGAAGAGGGCGACUACGACCUCGAGCCAGACAGUGACGAGCUUGACGAGGAGGACGAGGAGGACGAACUUGAUGACAUGGAGGACCCACGCAUCACUGAGGUCGACGACGAGAACUCGGAAGAAGAGGCACCAAAGCUUGUCGAGGCGAAGAAGGACAAGAAGGGAAAGAACAAGCGCCCAGCCGAGGAGGAGGUUGCCGAUGGCUCCACCAUCGAUGACCUGAUUGCCAAGGAAGCCCGAAAGGAAGAGAAGCUUUCCAAAAAGCAGCAAAAGAAGCUCAAGAAGAACGACGGAUCAGCCACUGCUGCUCCCGAACCUGAGGCUCCUUCGUCCACCAAGUCGGACAAGAAGGUUCAGUUCGCCAAGGAGCUCGAGCAAGGUCCAACACCCACCAAGGACUCCAAGAAAGAAGCUAAGGCUGGUGGCAUCAAGAAGGUCCAAGGCGUGACCAUCGACGACCGAAAGGUCGGUACUGGCCCAGCAGCCAAGUCUGGUGACCGUGUCAGCAUGCGCUACAUUGGCAAGCUCGAGAAGGACGGCAAGGUCUUCGACUCCAACAAGACGGGCAAGCCAUUUUCCUUCAAGCUCGGCUCGGGCGAAGUCAUCAAGGGCUGGGAUAUCGGUAUCGCUGGCAUGAGCGCCGGUGGUGAGCGAAGAAUCACCAUCCCAGCCAACCACGGCUACGGUUCCAAGGGUGCACCACCCCAGAUCCCAGGCAACGCGACUCUUGUCUUCGACGUCAAGCUGCUUGAGAUCAACAAGAAGUAAACGAGUGGACCGACUCUGUACACCUUACGGCUGCUGUUGCUCUACGCGAGUUUUCGCAUCGGUCAGCCUACUCCCAGACCCAAGUGCUGGAGGGAAGGACGGCUCGGCCUGGACAUGCGAGAUCUUGAUACAUUUCCCUUUUUCUUUUCUGCUUUUAGUGACUGAUGAUACCCGACUUGCAUUGCAUGUUCUUUUGCUCGCAGCAUUUUGCAUGCAGGAAUGAUGGGUUUCUUCAGAUGUUUGUUGGUGGGUGUGUGUAAAAGUAUCGAUCGAUGUUUGGGAGCAAAGCACGACGGGGAAUGGACGGCGUUCUGGAGAUAUGCUAGUUUGUGGUUAUCUGUAGUAUGCGAAUGGACAUUGCUUGUUGAAAAUGUCUGUUUGGUUUUAUACUACUGCGUUGACGAAAUUUUUCCAAAAUCAUAAAAAAAAAAGAAAUUGAGAGACAUGGUGGGAGGGACUGCAAAGUGCACACGACGCAAGCCAUGCCUGCCCAGAGGCUUCGUUCUUCUCUUUUGACAAGCACAAUGCCACAGUUCCUGGUCUGAAAUCAUCACCUAACAAAAAGUACUCUUGAGCCAACCGUAUUUGCAUUCGCGAUCUCUUCGUUCUGGAGUCGGAGUCCGUAACGCAAAUGUAUGUUGCUCACUCAAUAUAUGUUCGUACUGCCGCUAAAAAAGAAGAGAGAGAGAGAGAGAGAGAGAGAGAGAGGGUGACGAGAAGUUAUGAGGAAUUUUCUUGAUCACAUGUGUUGUUAUAGUGAUAUGAUUCUUUCGGGUUAUACAUAUCGCUAACAUGGCUAGUGCAACCGAGGGCUCAGAUGAGGUGAUCAGGAGGAGGAAAAGGAAAGAAGGGUAUAGAUUACGAACGCUGAUGUUUAACCUUGAUACAUGUCUGUGAUCUCGUCCUACGAAACUUGCGGAGCGGAUGAGAGGAAGAAGAGUCGUGCUGGUGCUACUGGCUGCAGGUCGAGAGAAAACACCAAUUCAAUUCCGC